GCGGCGGCAGCGGCGGUGGCCCCCGGCGGGGCGGAUGCAGGGCGAGGAGAGGGCUGGCUCCCGGCUGGACGGGCUGUUCCUGCGGCGGUUCCUGCGGCUCCUGGCCGUGCUCUUUCCCGGGUGGCCCUCCCCGAGCGUCCUCAUGUUCCUGACGCUGCUCGGUGUCGCCUUGCUGGAGCAACUGGUUAUUUACCAGGUCGGCGUCAUCCCCAGCCAGUACUAUGAGGUCCUAGGGAACAAGGACUUCUCCGGAUUCAAAACAUUGACUGCUGUUGCUGUGACCCUGAUCAUUGUGAACUCCACGCUAAAAAGUUUCGAUCAGUUUAUCUGCAACAUGAUGUAUGUGAACUGGAGGAAGUCCCUCACUGAAUACCUCCACAGCUGCUACUUCCAAGGCCAGGUCUACUACAACCUGCUCGUGCUGCGUGAGGACAUCGAUAACCCGGACCAGCGCAUCAGCCAGGAUGUGGAGAGGUUCUGCAGGCAGCUCAGCUCCAUGGCCAGCAAGCUCGUCAUCUCACCCUUCACACUGGCCUACUACACAUACCAGUGCUUUCACAGCACAGGCUGUCUAGGCCCGGUGAGCAUCUUUGGGUAUUUCAUCAUUGGGACGAUGAUUAACAAAGUGUUGAUGAGCCCAAUUGUGUCUAAACUUGUGCAGCAGGAAAAACUGGAGGGAGAUUUCAGGUUCAAGCACAUGCAGAUUCGUGUCAAUGCAGAACCAGCUGCUUUCUACAGGGCUGGGCGAGUGGAGCACAUGCGCACAAACCGGAGGCUGCAGAGCCUGCUGAAGACCCAGAGGGAGCUGAUAGGGAAGGAGCUGUGGCUAUACAUUGGGAUCAACACCUUUGAUUACCUGGGCAGCAUCCUGAGCUACGUGGUCAUUGCCAUUCCCAUCUUUUCUGGUGUCUACGGCGACCUGAGUCCAACAGAGCUCAGUGCCCUUGUCAGCAAGAAUGCCUUUGUUUCCAUCUACCUCAUUGGCUGCUUCAGCCAGCUCAUAGAUCUCUCCAGCACUGUUACUGAUGUAGCUGGCUACACACACAGGAUUGGUGAACUGCAGGAGACCUUGCUGAGCCUUGGCAGAAAAGAAAAUGGUAACUACUCAGAAGCCAAAACCAGCUGGGAUUUGGACAGCAGCCAUUCUGGGGAGGACCCAGUGCCAAGGGACACAGCUUUCCUUCUGGAGCGAGUGACACUCUCAGUACCAUCCUCUGGCAAGCUGCUCAUCAAGGACUUGAGCCUCAGGAUCUCACAAGGACAAAGUGUGAUGAUUGUGGGAAACACCGGUACAGGGAAGACCUCUCUCCUGAGGGUCCUCGGAGGGCUCUGGGAGAGCACACGGGGGAGCAUCAGGAUGCUGACCUGCUUUGGCCCCCGAGGAGUGGUGUUCCUACCACAGAGGCCCUUCUUCACUGACGGAAGCCUGCGUGAGCAGGUGAUCUAUCCCCUGAAGGAGAUCUAUCCGCUUUCAGGGUCUGCAGAUGAUGAGAGGAUUGUGCGAUUCCUGGAGCUGGCUGGGCUGACUGAUUUGCUGGCAAGGGCUGGAGGACUGGAUGAACAGGUGGACUGGAACUGGUAUGACAUCUUGUCCCCAGGGGAGAUGCAGAGGCUCUCAUUUGCACGGCUCUUCUACCUCCAGCCAAAAUAUGCAGUGUUAGAUGAGGCCACCAGUGCCUUGACAGAAGAGGUGGAGCAUGAACUGUACCGUAUGUGCCUUCAGCUGGGCAUGACACUGAUCAGUGUGGGACACAGACCCAGCCUGGAAAAGUUCCACAGCUGGAUUUUGAAACUUCAUGGGGAGGGAAGAUGGGAGCUCACUCGAUGUGAGAAGUUGAAGCGUCUCCCCUCUGAGGAAGGAUACUGAAGAACUUGCCCUUGUCUGACCAGCCACAGAACCUGCACAUGUGUGGAAGAGCUCUCAGUAGCAGACAUGGAGCUGCCAAGCCAGCAGCUGUGUCAAACAGUGUAAGACCAGUUCUGGAUUUUGCUGAUGGACACACAGUAUGUCU